AUAAUUUCAGUAUGUCGUAUGUAUGUUAUGUUAAUGAAUUUAUCAGUUUAAAACAAAUCAAGCGCCGCUCUGCACGCGCGCUCCGACACCAUGAGAGUAUUGUUUAGUGCCAUUUUACUCGGAUUGUGUGUUGACGUAUUUGCUGAUGUGAACAGUGAAUGGACCGACGAAUAUGAUUAUAACAGCUACGAAUAUAUUCCAAGUGAUAAAGAGGUCGGUGAAAAAAAUAACAAAGAAAUAGAUCAGUUUCGAAAGGAGGUGGAGGCCUCUAUUGCUGAGGCGGAAAACGACGAUUAUGCAAACAUAAUCGAUUAUCAGAUUGAAGACAAUAGAUCCGAGGCAGAUAUCAAGCGUAAUGAUGAUGUAGCUGUAGAUGUUAAAGAACCUGACCUACAUUUUUUCUCAAAAAAUUUAAACGCCCCUGAAGAAAAGGAAAAUGGCGUAUCCGAUGAAAUUUCAAAAUUCUACGAUGAGAAUAAAGAACCAGAGGAAGACAUCAUAGAAGAAACUAAAGCGAUUCUAAAUGAAGAGGACGAAAAUGACUUUGAGAAAAUUCGACCAUUGAGUCAUGAUGUGUCUGACAUAAAAGAUAUAGUAGAAGAAACAAAGAAUUUAUUGAAUGAAACUGAUAACAGUUUCGACAGUAAAGCAAACGAUACAAUUAUAAACGCCCAAGAGUCUGAGAAAGUGACAGAAAAUAAAUCUGGAAAGAUUACUAAGUCUUAUGAUGAAUUUAAGUCUUCAAUGGAUGAAUUGCUUGACACUUUGGAUAGACUUGACGUUGAUAAUAAAGAUGAAGAUAACUAUUAUGAUUAUGACAAUCAAUUUGACUACUAUACAGUAAAUGAUGAUAACAAGCCUGAUGAAAAGUUGAGCGAUGAUGAAACACUAAAGGAUGCAUCAUUUGAUAGCAAAACAACGCAAAUGCCAAUAUUUUACUUGAAUGAUGCUCUGUCUGCUAUAGAUUCCAAUUUGUCACAAUCUGUUGAGGUGAAAGCCAACACAACAUCGUCAGAUGACAUUAAAACUACGGAAACUCCAGAACCGGCGACAGAAAAAGAUGAACAAAAAGCAACAACUCAACUCGAAGACAAAUUAACGACACGAACUGUAAUCGAGACGACACCCGCUCAGGAAGUUACAGAAAAACCAGAAGAAAAUGAAAACAAAACUAGUUCAAUUGAAAAAGUACCGCAAUCGAAGCCAGUAACAACAAUCGAAGUUCAUUUGAAUGUUAAUGAUAUCACGAAAGUUGUGUCACCGAAUUAUCCAAGUGCGUACCCGACGAACCAAAUCACAGAUUAUAUAAUCACUGGUAACGGUGUCGGCAUAGAGAUGAAUGUUACUGACUUUGCCAUUAACAGUUUCGUUGGAGACUACGUGCUUAUCAUACCAGGUCAAACCAGCAAGGACAGUUCUGAUGGUAUCCUCGCCACUUACACACUGAAGAGUGAGAGACGAUUCCGAUUUACUGAUGUCGACAGAAUGUUUAUUAGGUUCGAGGCAAUGCAGGGCAUGCAGUUUCAGAAGGGCUUCAGCAUCAGUCUUAGGAUGAUUCUGCCUAGACAAGACGUGGUAGCAGACGAAGAGCAUGGAGAUCAACCAGCUAUCAAGACCUCUCAAGACUCCUUCACGAUUAACUUGGGCGGGGUCUCGGUGAAUGGUUUCUUUGCUAUCGAGGAAGAUUUCAGGAGACUCAUUGCUGACAUGGCCACUAUGUAUAUUAAUGCUAAGGGAAUUGAGCUGGGAUUAAAUACCACGUUAGAAAUCACGGAGAUCAGAAAGAAGGGCAUCUGCUUCCACAACUGGCCUGGUUCUGAACAGUGUGCGGAAAUCACGUUCGCCGUACCCCUCCAGUAUGUUGAUGAUGAUGAUGAUGAAAUGGAGACGAGGCUUACGGAAGAGGACCUGAGGGACAUGUGGGAGAUGUACUCUCGGCAGGAUCCGUUUGCUGUUCGGCUCGAGUUGCUGGGUGUUGUGGAGUUCACAUAUCCCAACGACCGUAGCGUGCUCACGGUGUGGCUGGUGAUAGCAGCGGGCGUGGUCAUCUCCAUGGCUAUGCUCGCCUUCGCGCUGUGGAGGUACAGUUGCUUCGAGGAGUAUACCAAAAUGCCCUCAUACAGCGAUACCGACAGUCUGAACGAUAAGAAAGUUCUAGACCUGUACCCCACGCCUCACCAGACGCUACCACCUCUUUAUACUGAGGACUUCAACUGGGCGGAUGACAAAUAUGACAUUACCAAAGAUCACGGAUACUCGAACAGCAGUUACUUGCGCGACGAUAUGUUUGACAUCGACUCGGAUGAAGACACGCUUCGUACUCAGAACGGGAGGUACACCACAGACGUGUAGCCGUAUGUUUUUGAUAUCGUCCCGAUGCCAUCAGCCCCCGUGAUAUUUACCAUGUGUGAAUUGUACACCAAAUAUAGAUUAAAUCGUAGUUAUUAUGUAAUUGUAAAUAAAAAAACGUUUUGAGACCUGUUUGACAAUUUAUUAAGAGUUCUUCUGUUGUUUUAUUGUAUUUUAUUUUGGGUUACAGGUCUUUAAACUUUUAACGCGAUUAGAUAUAGACGUUAGAGAAUAUGUAAGCUAAUUUUAGACGCCAGAGCCAUAAAUUCAUUUAUUUAGAGGUUCUCUGAAUUCGACUGUAUUCUUUGAGUUUCUUACUCGGUAACUCCAUAGGUUUUCAAUUUUUUACAAAUUUUCAUCAUUUUUAUAAGAGACUUAAUUUUCCUAUUCUUCGAACUAGAUAGCGUUGUUUCUUAUUUUUAAUAUGAGCAUAAAUUUAUCACUCUGGUGUGGCAAAUAAGUUAAUGAAAACUAAACAAAUACAUUAUUUUUAUUAUAUACGAUUAUAAGUAUAGGUUCAAUACUGUUGUGAUGUUAUAUAACAAAUUUUAAUUCUGUAAAUUAUUUCUUUUACUUUACAUUUUAUCAUUGAUUUAAUGAUAUUUUUAGUAAUAAACUGGUUGUGUUUUGUA